AUGGUGGGAGGGGGGUGUGGGGGCGUUGGGGGGGAAGGGUUGAUCACUGAUGGAUGUACAGCUGGGGGGAUGGACACUGGGGCUGGCCCUGGGGAGUUAUUGGGGCGUGCGGUGGGGGGGGGAUGGGGGGGGGGGCCGCUGGUUCUGGACACGCUGGUGUACCGUGCAUUGGGGGCGGGCGCCUCCUUUGGGUGGGGGGGGGGGUUGCCCACGGCGAUUUGUUCGUCUGCACCGGGUGGUACGUACGCGAGGCCACCGGUUGCGUCUCCAGUCUGUGUUUGCUAA